AGCAGGGAAGGCAGAGGCAGCCAGAGCCACAGGCGGACAGAGACUGAGAGGGGAGGACGGCCAGACAGAGCGUGGGAAGGGAAGGCUCAGGACAGACAGAGCAGCGAGGGCAGACAGAGCACAGGCUGAGAAGGCCAGGGGAAGUAGGAAGACCCGUGUGGUGCCCAGGCAGGGCGGUACAUGGCCCGGGAUGGUGGCAGAGGGGAGCGCCGGCCCCUGCUGGGGCAGGAAGAGGCCCCGGCCGGGGGUUUAUGGGAUGCCUUCGAGGGCCGGAAGGCGGCCUGUGCGGCCGUGCUGCUGGUGGAAAUCCUGGAGCGGGCAGCUUUCUUCGGCAUCGUCUCCAAUCUUGUCCUCUACCUCAACAGCAGCAACUUCAAUUGGGGAGGGUCACAGGCCUCGCGGGCCUCCCUGCUCUUCCUGGGCGCCUCCUACCUGCUCUCGCCCGUCGGGGGCUGGCUGGCUGACGUUUACCUGGGCCGCUACUGGACCAUCACGCUAAGCUUCCUGCUCUACCUGGUGUCGGCCUGCCUGCUGCCCGCCACGGCCUCAUCGGACGGGCGACUCUUUCUGUGCGGGGACAUGCCGGCCUACUCGCUGCAGAAUACCUGUCAGAACCAGAGUGGGGAGUGCCAGCAGUCGGCACCCGGCCACUACUGCGCCCCUCUGAUGUACACCGGCCUGCUGCUGCUGGCACUGGGCAUCAGCUCCGUCAAGGCCAACCUCACCCCUUUUGGCGCCGACCAGGUGACGGACCGUGGCCGCAACGCCACACGGCGCUUCUUCAACUGGUUCUACUGGAGCAUUAACAUCGGGGCCGUGAUCUCGCUGCUCGUGGUGGCCUUCAUACAGCAGAAUGUCAACUUCCUCAUCGGCUACACCAUCCCCGCGGCCUGCGUGGCCUUGGCCCUCCUCGUCUUCCUCCUGGCCGCCCCCACCUUCAUCACCAAGCCCCCUGCGGGCAGCCAGGUCUCUGCCAUGCUCAGGCUGGCCUUCCGAGGCAGCUGUGGCAGCCGAGUGCGCCGUAUCAGGCCGAGCUCUCUCCAAUCAGAAGCCCAGGGCGUGGAUCCUCUCCUUGACGGUAAAUCGCAGCCCCGGGCUCCUUCGUCCGAGGAGGAUCUUGCCAACUUCCAGGUGAUGGCCAAGAUCCUGCCGGUGCUACUGACCUUCAUUCCGUACUGGAUGGUCUACUUCCAGAUGCAGUCGACUUACUAUCUGCAAGGCCUGCACCUCUUCAUCCCCAACAUCUUCCAGCACAACAAGACAGGCAGCAGCGAGGGCAGCAGCUACGCGUUCCCUGAUGCCUGGCUCCUGUUAGCCAAUGUGGUAGUCCUGCUGAUUCUGGUCCCGCUGAAGGAUCGAGUCAUUGACCCGUUCCUGGUGAGGCGGAAGCUGCUGCCCUCGGUGCUGAAGAGGAUGGCCCUGGGCAUGUUCUUUGGCCUCACCUCUAUCAUUGUGGCAGGCACCCUGGAGACCAAGAGGCUGCAGUAUGUGAAGAACAACCAGACCAUCUCACAGCGCAUUGGAGAGGACAUGUACACUGCCGCCACGCUGCCCAUCUGGUGGCAGAUUCCCCAGUACCUGCUCAUCGGCAUCAGCGAAAUCUUCGCCAGCAUUCCAGGGCUGGAAUUUGCCUACUCUGAGGCCCCCAAGUCCAUGCAGGGAGCUAUCAUGGGACUCUUUUUCUUCAUUUCCGGCGUGGGCUCGCUCCUGGGCUCUGGGCUGUUGACUCUCCUCUCAAUGUCGGAGCAUGGCUGGAUGGACUGCCCCAAGGACUACGGGAACAUUAACAAUUGCCACAUGGACUAUUACUUCUUCCUCCUGGCUGGGAUCCAGACUGUGACCUGCAUGCUCUUCUUCUGGAUCUCUGGCCGCUACGAGAGGCAACAGCAGCCCAACUGCCACGCCUGUGUUGGCCACGAAGGGGACUGAGGGGACCCUGCCCCCCUCCAGCUGCCCCUUUCUGCUCAGUGACUUGCCCGGCUUGGGCUGGUGGAUGGAACUACUCCCAAGCAGUGCAGCAGGGUCAGCAAACCUCCCCGGGGAAGGGGGAGGAGGGAUGCCCCUAGUAGGACACCAGGGACUCUCACCCAUAAGGCACCCAUGGGACGCUGGGACAGCCCCAAGGGGGAGGGGGAUGCCCUAAAGGGCAGAGCCCCCUCAUGGCUCACUUGGGGGCUUGCUCUUUCUCCUUGUCGGAGACCCUUGGGAAACGUUGUCCUGCCUCCUUGGCUACCCCCAGGCUUUAAGAUCCACCCUCCAGGCCCAGAAUUCCUAAGGAUUCCCUCUCUUGCCUGGGUUUUGCCAUCCAGCAGGGUCCUGACAUGGCCGAUCUCCUGGGACGGGCACCAGUAAGGGGUUAAAUCAACAGGCAGAAGGAACUUGAAAUGAGGGGUUGGGGAAUGAUUCCCAGAGCCCAGGAGAGGGCGGAAGAUUUGCCCCAUCCUACACAAGGAAAAAAUCUCCUUCUCAGCCCGUACUAAUAUCAGGGCUCAACUGGGCAAAGGCUGGAUACAAUCUCAUAGAGUGGCAAACCUGCUGGCACCACUGGUGGAUAGGACCUCAGAACUGCCAUGAUCCGUGUUACUCUGUGUAAUGCUAAAUGGGCUCUGAUGGGGAGAGGGCAGCGGUGGUGGGUUGUGCCUGGCUGUUCUCUGGGGGUUGGUCCAAGUGGAGGUGUUUGUAAAGAUGGAAUUUUAGAGCGUGGGGGCUUUAAUUUAUUCUGGGGGGAGAGGGAGUUAGAUAAAGGUGCUCCAAGCCACCAGCACCCGGUGGAAAAGACAGAGGGGUGAAUGCAAUGGCCCUUAAGUGCCCAGCCAGUAUCUAUUUACAAUUUUAUGACGCGUGAAAAUAAUGCAGGGAAAAGCACAGCAGAACUCAAAGCAAAAAAGUGUUCCUGUAAAAAAACAACACUCCACUGGAAAGAGAUUUCUGUAAACGAACAAGACUUGCCCCUGGAGCCUUUGCAACCCACACACUGUGGGAGAUACUGAAACGGAAUGGCCUGUUAUCAAGGAUGGGGAUUGCAGUUCAUGGCAAGGGUCCACUUCCGAACAGUCUAUAAGGGGUUGAUACGUGAUGGCUGGCUGUUCUAAGCAGUUUAAAAAUAUGACCAGUGUGUGCCAGAGCUGCUCUUGAGCACAUCAGCAGAAGGUACUAGAGCUGGUUAAGUGGCUAGUAAGAUUAUUAUGAGUACUGCCGUGUGCCGUUGCAGAUGCAGAACAAGGUGCUGGUCCCUCCUCACCUCACCUAAGUCAAAGACAACAGACAGCUGGAGGAGCACCAGGAAACAAUGAGGCAAUAUUGCUCAGUGGUCUCAGUGCACCAGUUGGCAAGUUUGUGGUAGGCAGCCCGGCAGAGCAGAGUUUGACAGGAGGAUAAAGCAGAUAGUUAUGACGAGUAGCAGCCUGGGAGAGAGCACAAAGGUGCUUGUUUGAAAAUUGACCAAGUGGGCGAUUGCUGCUGGCACCACUGGCAGAGUGGCACGGGACAGAAUGGACUAAUGAUCUAUAACAAAUUAAUAGGGCUGUCAAUUAAUUGCAGUUAACUCAAGCAAUUAACUCAAAACAAUUAACUCAAUUAAAAAAAUGUGAUUCAUCACAAUUUUAAUCACACUGUUAAUUGAAUACCCGUUGAAAUUAUAUUUUUGCAUGUUCUUCUACAUUUUCAAAUCUAUUGAUUUCAAUUACAACACAGAAUACAAAGUGUACAGUGCUCUCUUUAGAUUAUUUUUGAUUAUCUUUUUUACAGUGCAAAUAUUUUUAAACAAUAAGUAAUAUUUUUCAAUUCACCUCAUACAAGUACUGUUGUGCAAUCUCUUCAUGGUGAAAGUGCAGUUUUCAAAUAUAGAUUUUUUUGUUACAUAGCUGCACUCAAAACAGCUUAAAACUUUAGAGCUUGCAAGUCCACUCAGUCCUACUUCUUGUUCAGCCAAUCGCUAAGACAAACAAGUUUGUUUACAUUUAUGGGCAAUAAUGCUGCCCACUUCUUAUUUACAAUUAAAACGAGAACAGAUGUUCACAUGGCAUUUUUGUAGCCGGCAUUGCAAGGUAUUUACGUGCCAGAUGUGCAAAACCAGUGGUUGGCAACCUAUGGCCCAUGUGCCAAAGGCGGCAUGCAAGCUGAUUUUCAGUGGCACUCACACUGCUCGGGUCCUAGCCACCGGUCCAGGGGGCUCUGCAUUUUAAUUUAAUUUUAAAUGAAGCUUUUUAAACAUUUUAAAAACCUUAUUUACUUUACAUAAAAUAAUAGUUUAGUUAUAUAUUAUAGACUUAUAGAAAGAGACCUUCUAAAAACGUUAAAAUGUAUUCCUGGCACACGAAACCUUAAAUUAGAGUGAAUAAAUGAAGACUCAGCACACCACUUCUGAAAGGUUGCCGACCCCUGUGCUAAACAUUUGUAUGCCCCUUUGUGCUUUAGCCACCAUUCCAGAGGACAUGCUUCCAAGACUGAUUGGACUUGUAGGCUCUAAAGUGUUACAUUUUUUUAUUUUUGAGUGCAGUUAUGUAAAAAAAAUAAAUAACUCUACAUUUGUAAGUUGCACUUUCAAAGAGAUGGCACUACCGUACUUGUAUGAGGUGAAUUGAAAUACAAUUUCUUUUCUUUUUUACUAUGCAGAUAUAGGUAACCAAAAAUAAUAAUCUAAAGUGAGCAUUGUACACUUUGUAUUCUGUGUCUGGUGGCACCUUAAAGACUAACAGAUUUAUUUCAGCAUAAGCUUUCGUGGGUAAAAACCCCACUUCUUCGA